AUGGCCCGUCCAGUGCGCGAGACAAAUAUUCUAAAUGAAUUUUCCCACGGGAAUAAGGGCCGGCCCCUUGCCGUAGAAAUUACUGACGCCUAUGGACUGUGGGUAGUAAGGCGGAGAGUCAAUAUUACCCCACCAACUAUCGUAAUGGAGUUUGACCACGAACACUAUUUUUUGGACCAAUCCUCCGGGGUCUUAUCUCGAAAACCUGAACACGUUGCUCCUCGGAGCGCGGAGGAGAAAAACGCAGAGUCGAGCAGUGUUCUCGAAGCGCUUACAACCCAUGUUCAAGCUAGAAUGAAGGCUCUUGGGCUUGUGGAACAUUGGAUCCCAGAUUCAGAUGACGACGCACGUUGCAAUAUCUUCGUGAGUGAUCUUUCCGCUGCUACGAAGCUAAUUGUUAUAUUGCAGAACCAGGUUGGCUCGAAGCCAGGACUUUGGAGUCGAUCAUUGUGUUUGAUGAAAGGUUUGCGCGAUGGUAGCAUGCUCACCGCGAUUGAACAGGCCCUCCGGUCUGGUUAUGCUAUCGCUGUUCUCAAUCCCAACACAAAUUCGGUGGGUACUCCAGGGCGCAAACGACGUCCAAUCACAAACUCGUUCUCGCCUGAAGAUCACGUUCUCUAUGUAUGGGAUACAGUUAUUGCACCGACCUCAAACCUCGCUUCGAUCUAUCUCUUAACCAAUGGGAACGGAUCAUCGCUUGCGGUCGACAUUGACGCAGCUACAAAGGCAGCCUUGCGCGCAUUGACGCUAGCCUACGAGGGACACGACUCAGUACCAUAUCCGGUGCGGCUAAUGGGCGCUGAAGAGAAGCUCGGAUGUGCUUGUCUCUCUGUGGGGUCCGAAAUUGGCGCUGACGUGCUGGCGCCUAAUGUUGCGUCUUCUGUUGGGCGUUCACUUGAUAGUGUGAUGCGAUUUUUUGAAUUUGCGGCUAGCCCCCCACCAGCAGCUACAGAGCUCGGUGAAGCUUUUGCCGCUACUGAGGCUAAAGCUGCUGGCCUUGAAGCUGCCAACUCCCGUGUUCAGGGUGGCAAAGCUCGCAAUGCAGUCGCGAUUGUGCCUUCUACUCAAAACCAGAUCAAUCGGUCACUUGGCUUUAUUGGACGCUUGCUGUUUGGCACUCGUGCGCGCUGCGUUGCUUCCAAGAAAGCUGGUGUACAACACCACGUGGUGUCAAGCUCACUAUCUGUUUCGGAUUUUGACCUUUACGAUGCGUCCCGUGUUUUUGCCAUGAAGGUGCUGAAAAAAUCUGUCAUUGCUGCGAAGGGACAGGCAGAGCACACACGUUCAGAGCGUUCCAUUUUGUGUGAGAUUCGCCACCCAUAUAUAGUUCGACUCCGCUAUGCAUUCCAGUCAGAGGAGAAACUCUACCUUGCUGAACUUAUUCUCGCGCUUGACCACCUUCAUCAUUCGGGCAUCAUCUAUCGUGAUUUGAAGUUGGAAAAUAUCCUGAUGGACUAUCUUGGCCACGUUGCCCUCACCGACUUUGGUCUUUCUAAGGAGAAUGUGUUUAAUUCACAGCUCACCACAUUCUGUGGCACUGCGGAAUACAUCGCUCCCGAGCUCCUGAAGGGGCAGAAAUAUGGCGCCUCCGUCGACUGGUGGUCGUUUGGAAUCUUGCUAUAUGAAAUGAUGGGGUUUCGUACUCCAUUUUAUGAUAAAAAUCGUAAACUCAUGUUUCAUGGUAUCAUAAAUUUGGAGCCUAGUUUCCCGCCACACUUCACUUCUGCUAGCAAGUCAGUCCUAUCGAAGCUGCUCAAGAAGGAACCAGCCCAGCGCCUCGGCUCAAAUGGUGCUCAUGAAAUAAGAGAUUCGGAAUUUUUCUCUGUCAUUGAUUUUCAGCAGCUUUUUUCGCGUGAUAUCCAACCACCAUUUAAGCCAGAAGUCUCAAAUGAAGAGGACACCAAGUAUGUUCCCAAAAAUUAUCUUUCCGCAAAGCCAGAAGACUCAGGGGGGUUUCUGGGCGAGGUUCUGUCGCCGCCGCCGGCCGCGGGGCCGCGGCGGGUGAUCACACUCAGGCAGGAAGAUGGUGGCUGUGCCCAGGAAACUGAGGAGGAUAGGCGGAGGGGGGUGAUGAUCACACUCAAGGAGGAAGAUGGUGGCUGUGCUCAGGAAGCUGAGAAAGAGGUUUCUAGGGGCCCCUGCGCGACGGUGCGUGCCGCGGUCCCCGGCCACGUCCCCGGCCCGUGCCCGGCCCGUGCCCGGGGCCCGUGCCGAGUGCCGGGCCCGUGCCGGGCCGCGUGGCCCGUGCCCGGCCCGUGCCCGGGGGCCCGUGCCGAGUGCCGCGCCGCGUGCCGGGCCCGUGCCGGGCCGCGUGCCCGGAGCGCAUUUACCGUGCCGGAACCCCCGUGCCCGCCGUCCCCGGCCCCGGUCCCGGGGCCGGACCGUCGUGCAGGGGCCCCUCAAUUUCCAUGUGCCCAGCUGACGGAAGCCGAAGCAGAGAGUACACAGGGCGUCCUUGGGUUGGCUUCGAGAAAGCCCAACGGUGACAGAAAGGAUUGCAGCGGUUUGCAGCCUGUGCCACACAAUUUCAUGAUGCAGCUUGCGCAUGGUGGUUCAAUGAUGGAUAGUAUGGACAUCCCUUACUCAGACCAAAGUACCAUGAGUUUCGGGUGGUGCCGGAGUGUUAUCGAUGUCGCCAGAACGCAGAUAAGAUCCCGGGAACGAAGCGAAAAAUCCUCGAUGCGACAGUUCUGUGAGGAUUGCUACGAGAAAUACAAGGAGAAGCACAAGCUCUCUGAUAAGCGAGAGCGCAUCCUAGUGGCGGGGCAGGGCGUGGUAAAACAAACUCUGGAGCAUGGUGACGAGACCCACUAUCCAGAUGUCUUCGAUAAGGUGAGUAUUCUUUAUGAGAUGCGAAUCCUUGGGAAAACUGCCGUGGUGGACUCCACCGCAAUGCAGGGAGGACGGUCAAUAUGGUUCGAAAGUGGAUGUUCAGGACCUUGUCUUCAUGUUCAAAUUCUGUGUGCAAAUCGAGUCUACCAAGCUAGCAUUCUUGACGUUCCUGAUCCGUAUUGCGCUGUAUAUUGGGAGAACAGAUUUGUUGGGGCGACACAAGUGAUAGACGGGAACACGGAUCCGAUCUGGAGUGGUGAAACAUUCGUCGUUCCGCUUGAGAAUCCUGUUGCGAGGUGGGUUGAGCGUGCAGCGCUGCGUGGAAACAAACGUGAACAUGGAAACCCGAAAUAUGUCGAUCCCAUCCUCCGUCUUGAAAUGUAUGACUAUAAUACCAUUUUCAAAGAUGUCUUUGUGGGCCAAGUGUCCUUAUCCCCGAGGCAAAUUGUCAAAGUACUUGCAACUGGCGGGUCUGAGCCUAGAGUCUACCCAUUGCGCCCAAAGAUGCCAACCGGGACCAUGCGAAUUGCCAUCGGUCGGACCACUCAUUUGAAGACGGGCAUGACCCACAUCGUCAUCAAGGUCGAGAAUUGCAAGAAGCUUGCGCGUGCGGAUACAUUCUCGGAAAGUGACCCUUACCUCGCCGCCUUCUGGGAUGGCCAGCCUCUGGGUGAGUCCCCAGUGAUAUACGACUGUGCUGACCCAAAAUGGAACGAAUGUAUCUUCCACUUCCCUGUCUUUGAGGUGUCAAGGGUCCAACUUAGGGACGGCGAUGGCACGCGGGAUGCCCUCCGGCGUUCUGUUUCCGCCCCCAAAUCCUCUCAGGCUAUGGCUCAGAGCCUUGAUCGAAAGACGCUACUUAUUGAGGUUCGCGACUACGACCGUAUUGGCGAGCACAAAAUCCUCGGAGAGAUCGAGCUUAAUGGCGAGGCAAUCGCGCAGCUAGUGAAACGUUCGGAUGCUUCCUCAAAAAAUGCAGACCCGAAGAGUAUGAAGGGCAGCUUAUCUUCCAUUGUCGUAGCACGGGCCAAGUAUAGUCUGGACAUUGCUGCCGCUAGUGAUUGGCUGUUGAACAUUUUGAGCUGUGGUUUGUAUCGCACGUCAUCAGCCGAGUCCAGUUGGCGACCAGGCCGUCAGGAAAUUCCGCCUCGAGACGAAGUUUGAAGAGAGUCCAGACAAAGCCUGCUACCACAAAAACAGUCAGUGUCAAGCAGCUGAAAAAAAUGUGCUUCGCUCCGGCGCUUGACAUCCCACUUGUGCUAUCAGAAAAGCACAACGGAAGCAAGCGUGUCCAGGGCAGCAUUGGUUGUCGAUUCAUCUACCAUACACGCGGCAAAGUUCUUCGAGGUAUCGACGUCGGUGUCCAGCAAAUGUCACUGGGGGAGCGCGCCAAGCUCUCCAUGAGAUCAGACUACGCGUUUGACAUUGUGCGCCCUGGUCCCAAGCUGCACAAGGGCAGCGAACUCGAGGUUAUCAUUGACUUGGUCUCAAUAGCCGACCGGGGCAGUUGGAUCACCUAUUGUCAAAGAGCACUUAAUGGGCAAUACCGCAUUCACGAAAACAAAUUGUUGGUUGUAUGGGAACGAAUUGACACUGCGUUUCCACGCUUUGCUAGCUGCCUUGUGAGCCUCGUGAGCGUGCUACAUCAAUGCUAUGGCACAAUCCUCGCCAUGAUAUGUUUCAUUAUUUUUUGCCUCUGCAAAGCCUGCAUGAGGAUUGGUGAAAAGAAACGAAAGGAGAGGCGCGAGCACCGCAGAAGAGAGAGAGAAGCUGCAAUACUAGCGCGCGCAGAGUCGGGCAUCUCCUUUCUUCAGGGAGAUUCAGACGAAGAUACGCAAGUCGAAUCUAUCAGCGAUGGGGAGCCGGAUGGGGACAUGCACGUCGAUCUCAUGGAUGUGGACGAAGAGCUCACUGAGACAGAGAAGGCAGCGCGCCAUCGUCGUGAAAUUGGUGGUGCACGUGACAUGUUCUCAGGGAAGGAAAGGCACCAGCAGACCAACCCGCUAUCAGAAGGCCUUCGGUCGAAGAUCAAGCACAACGUCGACACUCCCAGACAGGGCCGGCGUCUAGACGACU